AUGGCCCGUACCAAGCAGACCGCUCGUAAAUCCACCGGUGGUAAAGCGCCCCGUAAACAGCUCGCCACCAAGGCGGCCCGCAAGAGCGCGCCGGCCACCGGGGGCGUCAAGAAGCCCCAUCGUUACAGGCCCGGCACCGUCGCCCUCCGUGAGAUCCGUCGCUACCAGAAGAGCACUGAGCUUCUGAUCCGCAAGCUGCCCUUCCAGCGUCUGGUGCGUGAGAUCGCUCAGGAUUUCAAGACCGACCUGCGCUUCCAGAGCUCUGCCGUUAUGGCUCUCCAGGAGGCCAGCGAGGCUUACCUCGUCGGUCUCUUUGAGGACACCAACCUGUGCGCCAUCCACGUCGCAAUGACCGGUCGCGGUAAGGGAGGUAAAGGUCUGGGGAAAGGAGGAGCCAAGCGCCACAGGAAGGUGCUCCGUGAUAACAUCCAGGGUAUCACCAAGCCCGCCAUCCGUCGUCUCGCCCGCAGAGGUGGCGUCAAGCGUAUCUCCGGUCUGAUCUACGAGGAGACCCGCGGUGUUCUGAAGGUGUUCCUCGAGAACGUGAUCCGUGACGCGGUCACCUACACCGAGCACGCCAAGAGGAAGACCGUCACCGCCAUGGACGUCGUCUACGCUCUGAAGCGUCAGGGCCGCACCCUCUACGGUUUCGGUGGUUAA